AUGUCUGUUAAAUAUGAUUUUUAUGAUGAUAUGAAAGUAGUACUGAUAACCGGUUCGAGUUCGGGUAUCGGUGCGGCCAUUGCCGUCCAGUUUGCCCAAUCGGGUGCCAAUGUUGUAGUCACUGGUAGACGUGCGGAUAAAUUAGCCGAAGUGGCCAAACAGUGUCAAAAUGUUUCGCCGAAACAAUUCAAAGCACUGGAAGUGGUCGGAGAUAUAACCGAAAAAACUCAAUGCAAACGUCUGGUUGAGACAACUAUCGGACAAUUUGGUCGAUUGGAUAUAUUGGUCAACAAUGCCGGUAUCGGUACUACCGGUGCGCUCAGUGAUGGUGAUUAUUAUGACAAGUUUGAAUCACUAAUGCAAUUGAAUUUGAAUACAACUGUUUACUUAACAUAUCUAUCGGUCGAUCAUUUGUCUAAAACUGGGGGAAAUAUUGUUAACAUUUCAAGCGGUGCCGGUGUUAGAGCCGUUGCUGGUGUAUCAGCCUAUUGUAUGUCUAAGUCAGCUAUGGAUAUGUUUACCUAUUGUUGUGCAGCUGAGUUAGGUCCCAAAAAUAUCAGGGUUAAUGUUAUCAGCCCGGGACCUGUCAAGUCGACUGGCAUAAUGAUAGCUGCCGGUGCUGCCCAGGGAACCGAUCAAUCGGAUGCUAUUUUUGAACACGUUGGCCAAGUAUUGCCAGUUGGUCGACCUGGCCGGCCCGAGGAAGUGGCCGAUGCCGUACUGUUUGUGGCCAGUGACCAUGCCCAGUUUGUUACCGGUACACAUAUGUGUGUCGAUGGCGGUAUUGUGGCCGCCAAUGCGUUUGCCGCACCGCCCAAACAUUAA